UCUCAGACCCGGUGAAGCCCUGAAGAUGAGCGGCUGUGUGGACGACUGUCUGUCUCUGAAGAGCGGUGGACGCUCGAUGGAUUACCCUCCAGCGUUCAGCAAUGAAAGCCCAAAUCUCCUCAAGGUCUGUCACCACGGCCCGAGAGGAGAGUGGGAGUCGACUCAGAGUGACAGCUGUGACGACGACGACCCUCCAAAAGAGGAGAGGAAGUUUCCUGUUAUGAGGAAGCUGCAGCGUCGCUCCAGCAGAAGUCUGAUCUCUAAAAACAUCACCUGUGGACACCAUCACACCUCAUCCUGGGACCAAUCUGCUUCAACUACAGUCCCUUUACAAGACAGACCCACAUGGAACCAGCAGACAUCCAGUCAGACCAGCACCAUAGGAGGCUUACAGGAAGUCCUUCACGCCCAUAAGACCAGUCUUAGGAGGAGGUGUGAAUGUGUGACUGAAGGAAGUGAGGAAACAGGAAGUAGAACCCUCCUUAACAGGAUCUACACUGAGCUCUACAUCACAGAGGGACAGAGUGAAGAGGUGAACACCCAACAUGAGGUGAGCCAGCUGGAGACCGCCUCCAAGAAGAAGACCCUCCAGGACACUCCCAUCAAGUGCCAGGACAUCUUCAGAGCCUUACCCGGUCAACAGGAACCCAUCAGAGUGGUUCUGACAGUCGGCGUCGCUGGUGUUGGAAAAACCUUCUCAGUGCAGAAGUUCACUCUGGACUGGGCAGAGGGCUCGGAGAACCAGGACCUCCGUCUGGUGGUUCUGCUUUCAUUCAGGGAGCUGAACCUGAUCAGAGGGAAGCGGUACAGUCUCCUCCAGCUGCUCCAUGAGUUCCAUCCAACAUUACAGAAGGUCCCAGCAGAGACGCUGGCUGUCUGUAAACUGGUGUUCAUCUUUGACGGUCUGGAUGAAAGCAGACUGUCUCUGGAUUUCAACAACACUCAGGUUGUGUCUGACGUCACACAGGAGUCCUCUGUAGACCUGCUGUUAACAAACCUCAUCCAGGGGAAUCUGCUCCCCUCAGCUCUGGUCUGGAUCACUUCUCGACCCGCAGCAGCCAAUCAGAUCCCUCCUUCACGCGUUGACAGGGUCACAGAAGUCCGAGGCUUCACUGACGCCCAGAAGGAGGAGUACUUCAGGAAGAGGAUCAGUGAUGAAGAUCUGUCCAGCAGAAUCAUCUCACACAUCAAGACCUCCAGGAGCCUCCACAUCAUGUGUCAGAUCCCGGUCUUCUGCUGGAUCACUGCUACAGUCCUGGAGCACAUGAUGAGCACAGAGCAGAGAGGAGAGCUGCCCAAGACCCUGACUGACAUGUACUCACACUUCCUGCUGGUCCAGACCAAGAGGAAGAGGAAGAAGUACGCUGAGGGUCCUGAGACCAGUCCUCAGGAACUGAUGGAGGCUGACGGGGAAGUUCUCCUGAAGCUGGGCAGGCUGGCAUUUGAACAUCUGAAGAAAGGAAACAUCAUGUUCUACCAAGAAGACCUGGAGCGAUGUGGUCUGGAUGUCACAGAGGCCUCGGUGUACUCAGGACUCUGUACAGAGAUCUUCAAAAGAGAGUGUGUGAUCUUCCAGAAACCGGUCUACUGCUUUGUUCAUCUGAGCGUUCAGGAGUUCCUUGCUGCGGUCUACAUGUUCCACUGUCACACCAACAAGGUCUCAGAGACCCUCGAGGCCUUUCUGGGGAAACUUUGGGGUCCUUAUCGAGUCAGUGACCCGGCUGUGGAUGUGUUCCUCAGGAGAGCUAUGGAGGAAUCCCUGAGGAGCAAAAAUGGCCACUUGGACUUGUUUGUCCGCUUCCUUCAUGGCCUCUCACUCGAACCAAACCAGAGACUCUUACAAGGGGCUUUAGGUCCAACAGAGAACCACCCAGGACUCAUCCAGAAAACCACGGACAACCUAAAGCAGAUGAGCACCUAUGACAUCUCUCCUGACAGAAGCAUCAACAUCUUCCACUGUCUGACGGAGAUGAAGGACCGCUCAGUGCACCAGGAGAUCCAAAAGUUCCUGAAGUCAGAGAACAGAUCCGAGACCAAGCUCUCUGAGAUCCAGUGCUCUGCUCUGGCCUUCAUGCUGCAGACGUCAGAGGAGGUCCUGGAUGAGCUGGACAUGAAGGCGUACGGGGCGUCAGAGGAGGGACGGCUGAGACUGAUCCCUGCUGUCAGGAACUGCAGGAAGGCUCGGGUGUCCUGUGGUCGACUCUUUGACGCUCACUGUGAAGUCUUGUCCUCGGCUCUGAAGUGCAGCCUGUCCCUUUUGACAGAGCUGGAUCUGAGUAACAACAAGCUGCAGGACUCAGGAGUGAGGCUGCUGUGUGCUGGUCUCCAGAGUCCACACUGUCAACUUCAGAUUCUCAGAUUAAGUGACUGCUGGCUUUCAGAGAGCAGCUGUUCUUCUCUGGCCUCAGCUCUGAAGUCCAGCACCUGUCCUCUGAGAGAGCUGGACCUGAGUAACAAAAAGCUGCAGGAUCCAGGAGUGAGGCUACUGUGUGCUGGUCUCCAGAGUCCACACUGCAGACUGGAGACUCUCAGUUUAAGACACUGCGGUUUGUCAGAGAUCAGCUGUGCUUCUCUGGCCUCGGUCCUGAAGUCCAACUCCCACCUGAGAGAGCUGGACCUGAGUUACAACCAGAUAAAGGAUUCAGGAGUGAGGCUACUAUCUGCUGGUCUUCAGGGCCCGCAGUGUGGACUGGAGACUCUGAGAUUGAGUUUCUGCGGCCUGUCAGAGAGGAGUUGUUCUCCGUUAUCAUCUGCUCUGAGAUCAAAUCGCUCCGGUCUCAGGGAGCUGGACCUGAGUGAUAACAAGCUGCAGGACUCAGGUGUGAAGCUUCUUUCUGCUGCUCUGAAGAGUCCGCACUGUGCGCUGGAAGUCCUGAGGGUGAUGUGAACAGACAGGAAGCAGCAGGCAGUUUUUAAAGACGUGAGUAUUGAAUCGCCACUCUUUUUCGCCCUCUUCCUGAUCUCCAGAAAGACCACCAGAGUGCCCUCUUCCUGGUCUCCAG